AAUACAUGGAGGAAGUGGCGAUGUACGUCCAGAGAAACCCAAAAACAUCCAUGGCAGCCAAGUGGAAGAAACCUGAUAUACUGAAGAAUCUCCCAGCACCACUAAAAGACAUCGUAGAACCAUCAAAAUGGCGCCAGUGUUACACUCUACAUGAUAUAAAUUCAUCUUUGAGUAAAGUGCAGAUUGUCGGGUUCAAUCAAAAGAAGGAUGUGUUUGGUGCGGUAAAAACAAUCCCAUCAAGCUCGGGGUAUUGUUUAGGAAGCUGUAACUGGGUCAUUCAGUCAGCAUAUGAAAAGGUGUGCUACAUAUCAGGGUCCUCCACAUUGACAACCCAUCCAAAGCCGAUGGAACAGGCCCCACUGCGAAACAGUGAUGUGUUGAUACUGAGCAGUCUGACGCAGACGCCGCAAGUCAAUCCGGAUCCAAUGAUUGGAGAGUUCUGUGUCAAUGCUGCAGUGACAAUUAAAAAUGGUGGAAAUGUGUUGGUGCCAUGCAACCCAUCCGGCGUGACCUACGACCUCUUCGAGUGUUUGUCGGGUCACAUGGACCAGUGCGGACUUUCAAACGUGCCGAUGUACUUCCUGUCUCCGGUGUCAGACAGCACGCUAGCUUACUCCAAUAUCUUUGCAGAGUGGCUGUCACAAGCGAAACAGAACAAAGUGUACCUGCCUGAACCUCCAUUCCCCCAUGCUGAGCUUGUCAGUUUAGGAAGACUGAAGAAUUUUAAAAGUUUACAUGAAGGUUUGAGUACAGACUUCAAGAAUCCGUGUAUCGUUUUCUCGGGUCACCCAUCUCUAAGAAUGGGAGACGUCGUUCACUUUAUAGAGAUGUGGGGGAAAUCUUCAUCUAAUACCAUUAUUUUCACAGAACCUGAUAUAAACUAUCUUGAUGCACUAGGACCAUUCCAACCUUUGGACAUGCGGGUUUGUUACUGUCCUAUCGACACAAGUCUGAAUUUCGCACAAGCCAACAAGUUGAUUCGAGAUUUGAGACCGCUCAGUCUGGUGGUUGCCGAGAGUUACACCAAACCUCCGGUCCUCGCCCCAAACCGAACCGACUUGACAAUUGUGUGGGAACCAUCGCCACUGACGUACAAGAGAGGAGAAGUGAUCUCAUUGCCGGUCAAGAGACAGUUUGAAACAAUAGAAAUAGAUCCUGAGCUUGCAGCAACCCUGGAACCCAUGGAAGUCAAACCUGGUGCUGCAGUUUCCAUAGUAACAGCAUCGCUGGUUAUUAAAGACAACACUUACCAGCUGAAGCUUUUGUCAAAGGAGGAAAGGCUGGGCAUAAAAAGAAGACUGGAUGGAUCGAAAGUGCCGAACAAACCAUAUAUCUUUGGAUCACCAAACAUACAGUCUUUUGUGGAGGCGCUGAAACAGCAAGGAAUCUCGUCCAUUAAAGUGGAAGACACAGGAAACGGAUCCAUCAUUGAUUUGCCGAAUGACGACACACUGAUACAAGUGGAGGGCGACUCGACGCACAUCAUCUGUGAAGGAGACGAAGCCAUUCGUAUACGACUCAGAGACACGCUGCUGAAAUGUCUGCAGAAAUUAUGACGCAACUUCGUCACGUGUUAACUCGGACUGUUCCAUACAUUACAUACAUGUUCCAGAAUCAUGUGGUCUUGGAAUUGUCGUAUACGGUGAUCUUAAGUUGUGGCAGAUGGCAAUGCAAAGAUAAAGCACACAUUGACAUAUAAAUGUGGCUGAUGAUCUAUGGUAGGGCCUCCAUGAGUCCAUGAGUCCAAAUAUUGGACUCGAGUACUCAAAGAUCAAACUCGACCCGAAUACCCGACACUUACACUAGAUGAUGAUGAGAUUAGUGAAUAAAGUAAAAUACUAGCAUAUGCAUCUUAAUUCCAGCACUGAACAUGGAUGUCAAAUCAUGCCAUUGUAUUACAUUUAGAAUUGUUGUGACGGACUGACGGUCAGUUUAAAAAAAUAAACAAGUGCAUGAUCAUAUGAUUGUGUAACUUAAUAUUGUU